AUGCUUCCUAGUCAAGCAGUUUUAACCCAAAUUAAUCAUAAAAUCCAAGAGACACCAAACCGCCAGGGAGAAUACAAAAAAAACACCCAUUACAGUUUAUUUUUGCUCUGUGGUGAAGCCGGUUUAAGAGUAAAUGAAGCCAUUAAUUUUGACUUAAAUGCUAAAACACAAAAAGGUUUAUAUUCAAUAAAAAGCAAAGGGCAGAAAAAGCGUUAUGUGUAUAUUCCUCAGAAAGUAAUAAAAGAAUUAAAAGCGAAUAAUUGGCGGCCCAACCAAACUAAUCGCUUUAACUUUUAUCAUUUUUUACGGAAAAUUAAAAGAGAAGUAAACUUAUCGGCCAAUAUUGAACUCACUCCACAUACUUUAAGGAGAAGUUUUGCCACUUACCAUGCGGAAUCUGGUUUACUGCUACCGCUAUUGUCUAAAUUAUUGGGUCAUUCAAGCGUAAGAACUACCGCUUUAUACUGGGUGAAUAUUCACCCCGACGAUAUUUUUACUGCUAACAAGCAUGCUAACCUACGACCACAGCUAACCACCAAAAACCAAAAAAUAGCCGAGUUAGCCGGAGAAUUAGCCCAAUUAACUACUGAAAAAGAAAUUUUACAAAGUGAUUUAGCCAGUUUAAACGAACAAAACGCAGCUUUACGGCAAGAAUUAAGCGUUUUAAGUCAACAAAAAGCCCAAGAAACAAGUCAGUGGGAACAAAUUCAGCAAAAUUUAACCGAAGUAAACCAAACUAUUAAUCAUUUAGAACAAAAAUUAACCGCCACCGAGUAUAACCUUAAUCAAGCACAGCAAACUAAUAACCGUCUCUGUCAACAACUCCAAACUGAACGAGAAACUAAUGCUAAUUUAACCGCAAAAUUAAAUAGUUACGAACAAAAUCAUAUUAACUUACUAAACGCUUAUCAAAUCGCCCUAAAAGAUAAAGAAUUAGCCCAAAAGCAGUUAAACCAACUCCUAGAAACUAUAAAAACGGCGGCUAAACAAUUUCACCAGUGGUCAAAGGUUAAUUAUUAUCAGCAAUUAGAAAAACAAAAUGAACUUAAAGCCCAAAUUCUCCAACCUAACCCACCGCCUUGGAAACCUAGAUAA